AUUGAAAUAUCGUUUAACAAAGUGCUCUGUCUCUGAACUAAUACAAUUAAAUAUUGAUGCACGCAGACAACUAACUAAAUUACUUUGAAAACGGUUUUCCAAAUACGAGCAGAAUGCCGGGCUUUGGUGAUUGCUUUUAGAGCAUAUUGCGCAUACGACACGUCGAGCGGCAGGAUAAGUCAACAUAUUGUUGCGAAUAACAUUUGCGUGCAGCAAUUCCGAGAACAUAAAUUGUUUAGCUUGUCCCUCUGACUGGGUGUGCGUGUGUGUGUGUGUGUGUGUAUGUGUGUGUUUGUAACACAUUGCUAAACAAGCACAAAUAACUGAGACAGUGAGAGGGAGAGAGAGAGGGAUGGAUAUUGUUAUACGUGAGGAGGAGCUGUCGCUGACGCAGAUUGGCGUCUAUGCGUCGGUGUCGUUUCUGGUUGUCUCAGCGGUGGGUGCUGCCCUCUACACCACCUGCUCGAAACGCUAUCGCCUCAACUGGUUCGAGCAGAACCUGCUCGAAUCUGCCAGCGAGAACGAUGAGGAGCAGCAAAGCCGGGAGGCGCUUGUCUCUGGCGCAGUGGGCUAUAAUAAUGUGGAUAAUGUACACGGUGGCAAGUUUAACCCACACAAUAAUGUGGGCAACUUGAGUCCCACGUCACUCAAGUCGGAGGAUGCUGAUCCGGCCUUUUGGGUGCCCGCUUCGGUGACUUCAUCGUCAACGGCAGCCGUGCAACAGCAGGUGUCCAAUGCCACCAAUACCACCGAAUUGGAUUCAGCCCCGGCCACGCCCACACCCACCUCGCCCACAGGCAGUCUCAAGUCGAAUACAUUGUCCUACUGCUCGACCACAUCGGUGCCCAUCGCCCGCUCCGAGAAGCACGUUGUCCUCGCCAUGAAUCCCACCCGGCCGAGGGUCUCCUCCAUGAACGCCAAGCUGGAUCACACCAAAAUCGACAUGACCCUCUAUCGCAGCAACUCGCAGCCGAAACACGCUUGCCCCGCUGCACCCCUGAAUGAGCUGCGUGGCAACUUGCAUGUGUGCCUCAGCUAUGAUCCAGUUGGUGGUCUGCUCAAUGUGCGUCUGCUGGAGGCACAGAACUUGCAGCCACGGCAAUUUAGUGGCACCGCCGAUCCCUAUGCCAAGAUACGUUUGCUGCCCGACAAGAAGAACUUUUGGCAGACGCGCAUUCACAAGAAGACCCUCAAUCCAGUUUUCGAUGAGCAAUUUGUGUUCGAGGUCAACGCUGGGGUCAUCGAUAAGCGCAGCGUGGAGAUUCUUUUGUAUGAUUUCGAUGCAUAUUCGCGGCACGUUUGCAUUGGCGGCACUAAGUUGCAACUGGCCACAUUGGAUUUGAGCGAGCAGCUCAGUUUGUGGACGCCACUCACAUCGGCCUCGGCACAGGACAUGAAGGUGGAUCUGGGCGAUAUAAUGGUCUCGCUGGCCUAUCUGCCGUCCGCGGAGCGUUUGAUGGUUGUGCUCAUCAAGGCACGAAAUUUGCGUAUUGUGGACGAUGCACGCAACUCAUCGGAUCCGUACGUCAAAGUCUCGCUCCUCGGGCCGAGUGGCAAGAAGAUAAAGAAACGCAAGACGGGCGUGCAACGGAAUACCGUUAAUCCAGUUUACAAUGAGGCGCUCGCUUUCGAUGUGGGCAAGGAGACGCUCAAGAAUUGCCUGCUGGAGUUUACAGUAAUUCACGAUGGAGUUUUGGGUUCCAAUGAGAUAUUGGGUCGUGCUUUGAUUGGCAGCUCGGCCGAGGUGCCGCACGACGAGAAGAUAUUCUUUGAGGAGAUGUUUCGAGCCAAGAACGCAACCGCUCAGUGGGUGCCGUUGCACGAACCGGCCAAUAACUUGGGUGCCACAGCGAAGACGACAACCAAACACUAAAGCUUUCUGUAAGCGCUGAACAGACACAGCUGUUGCGCAGCUAUGGUUUGCGCCUCAACUAACACAGGGGAAAGUUUCAAGGCUCCAAACAGGAUUUCACUUGGCUACAGUUUAUCUGGUAACUUGCAGGGAUAUAUAUUUAAGAAGAAGAAGAAGAAGUUGAAGCAGACGCUAAGCGCAAAAAUAGUUACAAAGAUAUGAAUAAUAUUUUAUAUAAAGAAAAUCAGAAAACAUUAAAUUUGA